AUGACCGAGCUGGAAUUGUCGCGUUCACUCUUAGUCAUGAAGCGCAAGCCUGGUGAAUCCCAUCAGGCCUAUGGCAAGCGCAUCGAACGAGUGGUGAAGAACACUAGCACUGCGGACAAGACUCCAGCAACUGCUGCUAACCUCAGCACCACCGUCUCUUGGACAACACUGUCUUUUCUUCGUAUCUGGCGUAACCAACGACAGAUCAUGAAGCAUUUGAACAUUUCGCCACCGAAGGAGGACUUGGAUUCGGUCCGCGAAUUCAUUGCGGGCCUUAACUACUUUAAAGGUCCCGGGCCUGAGGACAAUAAUUCUCAGGCUACUUCGAAUACCUUACGGUUGCCCAGUACUCAACAGGGUGCCCUUAGCCGUUCAAACAGGCGCUCAUUUGCCCACACAGGCAACUCCUAUGGCUUCAAGAGAGUCAAGACGGAGGCUACUGAGUCUGUUGCUUCAGCGCUUUCUGCCACGCUCAAAUGUGCCUAUUGCAAGCAUCUGUCGAACCAUACGACGGAGCAAUGCAAGACUCCACUUUGUUCCAGUUGUAACCAACGGCAUUACCCCAAGCAUUGCCCUAUCAACUUGGAGAAGUCCAGACCCUCGCCCAUUAAGGCCAAGAAUUUUGCUAUGAGAAUGGAGACGACCCUACAGAGCGAUGACCCGUUCGAAGGCGAUCUUGAUAUGGAAGCCUUUCCCCCAUUUUUGGAAUUGUGCUAUCCAUGUGGAUAA